AUGUACGAGAUGUUCCACACUGAAUCAGCCCAGUCGAUGGCACCAGCAGACGCAAGUGCUGAAAAGGACAUGGCCAAGCUGUUCGAACGAAGCAACCGCGACCUCAUCACCAUUCUGCGCCUGAUGCAGUUGAUGGGCGAGGGCUUCAACACCCAGCUGAAGGAGUACCUGCGGUUCCAAAAAGACAACUACCGCUCGGUGAAUUUGCUGGGCCAGACCAUCUCCCUCUUUCGAGACCUCAUCAGCCGCAUCAGCAAGAGCCAGCUCACUUUUCUUGAAUUUCAGACGAUCGUGACGUUGGUGGAGCUCACGCAAGGCUGUCCCACGAAUCAAGACGACGCAUUCACCAGCCACAUUGCAGAACAUAUCAACCAUCUCCUCAGAACGGGCGUCAACGACUUGGGCUUCACGCUGCCACAAGAAGCGAAAGGCGCAUAUCCGAACCGCCGGUGGCGUGCGAUACUGCCGUGGCGCAGGUCUGCAAGCAUCACAGCAACACCAGAUCCAGAACAGCCACCAUCGGCGCCAAAUCAGCCCUCCCAGCAAUCCCAAAAGAUGCUGUGCCCGAAACGCGCACGGGUGAUCUUUGAGCUGGGCAAGCUUCUCCUGGCUCUGCUUGAGAACGAUGAUGAAGAAACCAAGCGGCGUGCUGGCGUUAUGAUCGACAUGCUCAACUUUGAAGCUAUCGCCGAAACCAUGAUUGAGUUCUACGAGUGGCAGGAGGAGCCUGCAUGCGUCCUGAAGUGCGACGAAGACUGGCCAGAAUCUCAGGUGGGAGAUCUGGAGCUGGAGCAGAUUGGGUUCACAUUCUACCAAGUUUGGGCACGCUUCAAGGACCUCACGGGCCAGGAUUGCUGGGAUGGUGUUAUGGAUGCGGACGACAAGCGGUUCCUGGAGGCCAAGAAGUUCUACGUCACUGAGGGCUCCUGCCUUGAAGUCGAGUUCUCUGGCGUGACACACAAAAUUCAUUUUUUCGAUUCGAAGGCUCCUCAGGUGUUCAACAACGAGAAGAAACGCAUCAUCUACACAGUCAGCACGGACAACACGCCGCACAAGGAGAAGCUGCAGAAGUUCAAAGAGAAGUGCAAGAGCAUUGCCAAGGACGUGGAGCAGCGGGAAAGAGUGGCAAAUGUUUUCAAGCCCCUGCUGCAUUGGUCGAGCUGGUCCUACAGCCUGAUUUGUCUCACCUUGAUCAUUCAAGCAAUUUUGCUUGCAUGGGUGACCACAACCGCCACAGCAGAGGGCCGACGGCCAAUCCACCGGCCAGGCUGGCUGCCUGACUGGGUACUCCUCGCUCUCAGCAUCGCCCACACCGUACUCAGCGUGCUAACAACAGUCUCGCACGUCCUACUUCACCGGCCCACCCUUCCUCAAUUCCUGAAGCGGUGGCGCACAAAGAAGGACAAGGCGCAGCCGACUGCAAUGUCGGUCCACGAUCAGCUACCACAGUGCCCUUGCUGGAGUUGCUUUAACAAGCAGCGCACGGAAGGCAAGCGAACAACAUCGGCGGCGCCAGGUCAAACGUGGUCCAAGGCGAUGCGGCGCGCUCGCCGAGGACGCCGGAAGAUGAAGGACGAAGUGGAGUUUAAUGUGACGACAGGCCGAGCCUCGUACAAGCGAACACGAUGGCCUUUGCUGUCAGCAACACUGCUGCACCAUUUCCUGCUCGUGGGCAUGUCCCUCGCCGGCACCCUCUCCAAUCCGUUUUUCUUUACGUACCAUCUCUUCCACAUCAUCCCCGUCAACGAAAUACUUCGACGCGUGCUCAAGGCGCUCGUAAAACGGUUCAUCGACCUGAUGCUGGUGGCAGCGUUGAUCGUUGCUAUGAUCUUCACCUACUCCAUCCUUGUGUUUGUGUAUUUCCGUGAUUCCGUAUCCCGCGAAGAUGGCUUCUGGUGCGACACGUUUGGCCAGUGCUUCUUGUCCAGUGUCCGCUUUACCAUGAUUGAGGGCUUUGGCGGAGUUCUGGUCCCAGAGUCGUCGGUUUGGCACACAAACGCUGGUCGCGCCAUAUUCGACAUGUGCUUCUUCAUCCUGGUGACCUGCCUUGGAGGUGGCUUGAUCCUUGGCAUCAUCAUCGACACGUUCCAGGACCUGCGCAACGACAAGUGGAGCAUCGACGACGCCAUGAAGAGCAAGUGCUUCAUUUGCGGGCGCACGAGUUUCCAGCUCAGCCAGCAACAGGGGGAGACGGCCCGGGCUUCGGACUGGCAGGAGCACGUGAGCGAGCAGCACAACAUGUGGGACUACUUGUACUUUUACAUCUACCUCCUGCACAAGGACGAGAACGAGUACACCCAUCACGAACAUAAGGUGUUCUACAUGAAGAGCAACGAGCUUGAGUUUCCAACCCAGCAAGGCAAAAGCCUCGUGUCCGAGGCCGCAUGCUGUCUUUAAGCGCACACCACGUGCGCAAGCGUGUAUGUGUACUUGUAUGUGCGUGUGUGUGUGUGUGUAUGUCGGUAUGUUUUGGUGUAGCAAGAG